UAGUAUCGUGUGUAUGAUAAAAGAGGCGGCAGGUGUGCAGUUAAAUUAUAGUGUAAAUAUUAUCCAGCUGAAACUAGUGCCCUGCCUAGGAUACACAGAAAGAUAUGUCGAACUACCGGCCAAUCGAUUCAAAAAGGGAAGAAUUCAGGAAGUAUUUGGAGCGAGCUGGUGUUAUGGAUGCACUAACAAAAGUACUGGUUAGUUUGUAUGAAGAAGCUGAGAAGCCAGAUGAUGCUUUAGAUUAUGUUCGCAAACAUUUAGAUGGAAGUGGUCCCGAUUCAGAGGAUAUAGAAGCAAUAAAAGCUGAGCUGGAUGUCAGUAAAACUAAAAUAGAAGAAUUAGAACAAGAGAAUGCUACACUUAAAGAUAAGCUGUUACAGUAUGAAGGACCAAGAGGUGAAAACGCCCAACGUGAAGACGCACAGGCAGCUGACAGUGUUGCACCUAAUACUGAAGAGGAAGAAGGGGGACUAGCAGUGUCUCCGGGUCCAUCAGAAUGAACACCCAAUGGGCCCAAUG